CAACACGCACGUACACAUACACAGCCCCUUGACUUCAUUCAGCUUUGCCUCAGUCAGUCUGCAGAGCGUCUCAGGAGAGCACAGGGGGAUGUGUCAAGUCAGUGCUUUCUGAAAGUUUGAACUGAACUGCACACACACGCGGACAAGCAAAUACCACGGAGAACACACACACGCAGGGACACUCGUCAUCCACAUACACAGCCUGACGCUAACACACACACAGAUGGACGGACAGAGCUGAAAGUUUAAGCUUGCAUACAUACACCCACAAUCAGAAACACACACGAGUGCUGAAUUACGGUCAGGAUGAGUGGCGUGUCUGAGACUGCUGUGGUCAGUAGACCCUCGACUAACAUGAAACGACACAAGAGUGUCAGGAAGAACUCCAGGCGGAUUUACUCAUCUUAUCAAGACAACCAGCCAGGCCAAUCAGAUGAGGAGGGCAAGGAGGAUGAGCAUGCAGACAGCAACGACCCAGAGCAGAUGUUCCAGAACAUCCAGUUUCAGAAGGAGCUCAUCGCCAACAUACGCACCCGAGCCUGGCCUAUGAGACGCAAGCUCAAAGCCCUCAAGCAGGCCAGAGAGAUUGUCCUGAAGUACGAGGGGAGGCUAACAAGGACAAGAGGGUACCAGGCUGCUGGUGCUGAUCUGCUGAAGAAGGUCUCCAGGCUGCUGUACAACAUCGUGGUUCUGUUUAUUCCCUGGGAGAUGAGGAUCAAGAAAAUAGAAAGUCACUUUGGGUCAGGGGUGGCCUCCUACUUCAUCUUCCUCAGAUGGCUGUUUGGUAUCAACAUAGUCCUUACUGUCAUGACUGGAGCAUUCAUAGUCAUACCUGAGCUCCUGGCCGGAGAGCCGUUCGGAACAACCCGGAGUAAGACCAUUCCCAAGGAGCACCUGGCCUCAGCCCAGGAUCUGGACACAAUCUGGUCUCUUGGGGGCUACCUCCAGUACUCGGUGUUGUUCUAUGGGUACUAUGGCCCGGUGAGGAAGCUCGGCAGUGCCGGCUAUCGCCUCCCCCUGGCCUAUUUUCUGGUUGGGAUGGCUGUUUUUGCCUACAGUUUCAUCAUUCUGUUAAGAAAGAUGGCUAAGAACUCCCGUCUGAGCCUAGCCAGUGCCUCUGACGAGAACUUCACUUUCUGCUGGAGAGUGUUCUGUGCCUGGGACUACCUCAUAGGGAACCCUGAGGCUGCAGAGAGCAAGGGAGCCGCUAUCGUCAACAACAUCAGGGAGGCUAUUGUUGAGGAGCAGGAGAAAAAGAAGGAUACUAGUCUAGCAGUCCUGAUCAGUCUGCGUAUCCUAGCCAACAUCCUGGUCCUUCUCUCUCUGGCUGGCAGCAUUUAUAUAAUCUACUUUGUGGUGGACCGCUCCCAGAAACUAGAGCUGGAGAAGCCAGAGCUAACACUAUGGGAGAAGAAUGAGGUGAGUGUGGUGGUGUCCCUCAUCACCAUGAUUGCCCCGUCUGCCUUUGAGCUGGUGGCUCAGCUGGAGAUGUACCAUCCUAGGACCUCCCUCCGCUUCCAGCUGGCCCGAGUCCUGGUGUUAUAUCUGGGUAACCUGUACAGCCUCAUCAUUGCCCUUCUGGACAAGGUCAACAGUAUGAGUAUGGCGUCAGCUGCUGCAGCUGCGGCGGCCUCUGUGAUUUCGGGGAACUUGUCUGACUCCACGGCAUUCAUGGCGACCAUCUCCCAGCCGGGGGAGACGAACCUCUCCACCCUCGUAUCCGACAUCUCCAUCUCUGAAAACCACAACAGCACCAUAGCGACCAUUGCCAUGGUGCUGGAUGUCAACACCAGCAUCAGCACCAGCAAGGUCACCAUGGCAACCAUGUACAACCACACUGGGAUGUUUGAGCUGAACAAGCAGAAGAAACCGGACGAGUGCUGGGAGACCUACGUUGGACAGGAGAUGUUGAAGCUGUCUAUCAUCGAUAUGAUCUUCACGGUGGCCAGUAUCCUGUUGAUAGACUUCAUCAGAGGGCUGGUGGUCAGGUACCUGAGUGACUGCUGCUGUUGGGACCUGGAGAGCAAGUUUCCUGAGUAUGGGGAAUUCAAGAUAGCUGAGAAUGUACUCCACCUGAUAUAUAACCAAGGAAUGAUCUGGAUGGGUUCGUUCUUCUCUCCCUGUCUGCCUGCCUUUAACGUGUUGAAGCUGAUAGGCUUGAUGUACCUGAGGAGUUGGGCUGUGCUCACCUGUAACGUCCCUCACCAACAGGUGUUCAGAGCAUCCAGAUCAAAUAAUUUCUACCUGGCUAUGCUGUUGUUCAUGCUUUUUCUGUGUAUGCUGCCCACCAUCUUUGCCAUAGUGAGAUACAGACCUUCCCAACACUGCGGGCCAUUUAGCGGUCAGGAGAAGAUUUAUGACAUCAUCUCAGAGACGAUAGCCAAUGACUUCCCGUUGUGGUUCAGUAAAGUGAUGAGUUACGUCACCAGCCCUGUCGUAGCGCUGCCCGCUCUGCUACUGCUGUUCAUGCUGAUCUACUACCUUCAGGCCAUUGCCAGAUCCCUUAAAUUCACCAACAACCAGCUGAGGAUGCAGCUUCAGACUGAGAGAACAGAAGACAAGAAGAAGGUAUUACAGCUGGCUUCAGCGAGGCUACAGGCCCCAGAGGUCCCCGGGGGGGACAGGAAGCCUGACCAGCAGGAUGGUGACAUCAACAGCCGCGAGUCGUCCAUUCGCACGCCGUCGCCACGACCCAACGGCAGUGUCACAAACUUCCAGUCGCCCGAUCGUCGCGGCAACGGCAUCCGCACCAUCACCCAGUCGGCAUCGAGGGCCGAGACCGCUAGGGCGACAUUUGCUGCUGGGGCGUCUAGAAGUCCAACAGUGUCCAUAAUUCACAAGCAAAGGCCGGAGAACAUCCCUAACAGACACCCUUCCUACCUGGGAGGCCCUAGCGGUACCUGCAGGUCCAAGUCCUACCACCAUGUGGCGUACAACCCCCCGACACGCUACUCCUCAGAGAACAUCCACUCCGACCCACUCUACAGGAAGACCAUCAGGCCCAUGCACUCCGCAGAGGCAGCUGGGAUAGUGACCGCCCAGAGCUAUGUGGGCCGUCGCCCCUACACCACGCGCUACGUCAUCGUCAACGAGCACGAAGCUAGGAAAAAGUUGCUUCGAUCAGCCACACGCGUCCCUCGCCACUUCCGAGCGGAGGACCCGGUGGGUGAAAUCGUAGAGCUGAUCCCGCGGAAUAUCAAGCGGUAUACUCCAAGGGCUCCGCAUCUGCAUGGGCACCCACAUAGGUCGAAUCCGGCGCAGUCACACCUGAGUGAUGAAGAGCAGGAGGAAGAGGCAGGGGGGAAGAGGGAGUCUAGGAGGGGGUCGUUCGGGCAGACUCACCGGCCCCGCUCACUCUCCGACCUCCACCAGCCGGCUCGCUUCUACAUCGGAGAGCGCCUGGAGACCAAGCUGUCUAUGGCGUCAAAAGACAGCCACACUGCUAGGGGGCGCUACGGCGGUGAAGCCCAAAAAGGGGACUGGGAGGAUAUGGAGACGCGCUUGCACUCCCUCUCCCAGGCCAGCAUCAGAGGAGCAGAGCUUCCACCACCAAUCAGGCACACAAAGUCCCCAGCCAGACACCCCCACUCCCCGAGCAGACUUGUACACUCACCCCCCCAGGGCCCUGGAAGACGCCUGGAGCCACAGGUCAAGCCCAAGACACCCAGGUCCAAGCUGGAGCCUUCCCUGACUGAGUCGGACUCGGCCUCUCUGGCCUCCAGUAGCGACCAGCAGAACAGCAGCACAGACCAGUACAUCCAGGUCAUUCACAACAAGGAGAAGUAUCUCAAGUCUGAGGCAAGGCAAGGCAAGCUGGCUAAGAAGAAGUCCAAAGCCAGUAUAGAUCUCAAUGUGUCUGGGUCCAAAGACCUGGUCUGCUCCAACGUGUAGUUGGUGUAUUUGUAUUGUGAAUAUAUCUAGGUUUAUUUAACCUUUAUUAAUCCAUGUAAGUUAUUGACAGUAGUGUAAAGUACUUAAGUAAAAAAUACUUUAAAGUACUACCUAAGCAGUUUUUUGGGGUAUAUGUACUUUACUUUUAGUCUACUAUAUUCCUAAAGAAAAUAAUGUGAUUUUUACUCCUUACAUUUUCCCUGACACCCAAAAGUACUAGUUACAUUUUGAAUGCUUAGCAGGACAGGAAAACUGUCUAAUUCACACACAUCAAGAGAACAUCCCUGGUCAUCCCUACUGCCUCUGAUCUGGCAGACUCACUAAACACAAAUUUGACAAACACUUCAUUUGUAAAUUAUGUCUGACUGUUGAAUUGUGCCCCUGGCUAUCAGUAAAUUUUAAAAACAAAAAAAUUGUGCCGUCUGGGUUGCUUCUGCCCCUGAACAAGCCAGUUAACCCACUAUUCCCUGGGCGCCGAAGACGUGGAUGUCGAUUAAGGCAGCCAUCCGCACCUCUGAUUCAGAAGGGUUGGGUUAAAUGUGGAAGACACAUUUCAGUCGAAUGCAUUCAGUUGUACAACUGACUAGGUAUCCCCCUUUCCCUUUCCUAAAUUAAUAUAAGGAAUUUGAAAUGAUUUACACUUUUACUUUUUAUACUUAUUAAGUAUAUUUUUGCGAUUCACAUUUACUUUUGAUACUUAAGUAUAUUUAAAACCAAAUACUUUUAGACUUUUACUCAAGUAGAAUUUUACUGGGUGACUUUCACUUUUACUUGAGUCAUUUUCUUUUAAGGUAUCUGUACUUUUACUCGAGUACAACAAUUAGGUACUUUUUCCACCACUGGUUAUUGAAAGCAAAUUAUAUUUUACAAUAAUGACCUGUCGAGUUAAUUGUUUUGUAAUGGGUUACAUUGUAAACCACAGAAAAUGUGAAAAGCCCAUUCAUGGCCAAUGCUAUACUUUGUGUGUGUUAACAAACAGCUCUAUGUACAUAAUAUGCAUAACAUAUUAUAUGCUCACAUUAUCAUGGAUACUGUGCUUGCUCUCAAUCUAAUAAAUCUCAUGGUCAAUGGUCCAAAGUAGUGUACCUAAGCAUCAGAUUGUUUUGUUCUACUCAAGGUUAUGUGUAUGGCCAUUGAUGUUUGUUUUAGGGUUAUCACAAACAGGUGUUAUAUUGGCUAUUGUGUGUGUGUACAUUACAUUGUACCAAGCAAACAUGGCCUUCAAUUCAGUAAAAUGAUGAUACCGUAGUAAAGUAUGAGGUGUAACAUAUAUAAUAUACUCUGCAAAAAAAUAAACAUCCCUUUUUCAGGACCCUGUCUUUCAAAGAUAAUUCAUAAAAAUCCCCAAAACUUCACAGAUCUUCAUUGUAAAGGGUUUAAACACUGUUUACCAUGCUUGUUCAAUGAACCAUAAACAAUUAAUUAAUUAGCAACUGUUGAACGGUCUUAAGACACUAACAGCUUACAGACGGUAAGCAAUUAAGGUCACAGUUAUGAAAACGUAGGACACUAAAGAGGCCUUUCUACUGACUGUGAAAAACACCAAAAGAAGGAUGCCAAGGGUCUCUGCUCAUCUUCGUGAACGUGCCUUAGGCAUGCUGCAAAGAGGCACAAGGACUGAAGAUGUGGCCAGGGCAAUAAAUUGCAAUGUCCGUACUGUGAGACACCUAAGACAGCGCUACAGGGAGACAGGACAACACCUGCACAGGAUCGGUACCUCCGAACAUCAGACCUGCAGGACAGGUACAGGAUGGCAACAACAACUGCUCGAGUUACACUAGGAACGCACAAUCUCUCCAUCAGUGCUCAGACUGUCCGCAAUAGGCUGAGAGAAGCUGGACUGAGGGCUUGUAGGCCUGUUGUAAGGCAGGUCCUCACCAGACAUCACUGGCAACAAUGUCGCCUAUGGGCACAAACCCACAGUCGCUGGACCAGACUGGCAAAAAGUGCUCUUCACUGACGAGUCGCGGUUUUGUCUCACCAGGGGUGAUGUUCAGAUUGGCGUUUAUCGCCGAAGGAAUGAGCGUUACACCGAGACCUGUACUCUGGAGCGGGAUCGAUUUGGAGGUGGAGGGUCCAUUAUGGUCUGGGGCGGUGUGUCACAGCAUCAUCGGACUGAGCUUGUUGUCAUUGCAAGCAAUCUCAACGCUGUGCGUUACAGGGAAGACUUCCUCCUCCCUCAUGUGGUACCCUUCCUGCAGGUUCAUCCUGACAUGACCCUCCAGCAUGACAAUGACACCAGCCAUACUGCUCGUUCUGUGCGUGAUUUCCUGCAAGACAGGAAUGUCAGUGUUCUGCCAUGGCCAGUGCGAAGAGCCCGGAUCUCAAUCCCAUUGAGCACGUCUGGGACCUGUUAGAUCGGAGGGUGAGGACUAGGGCCAUUCCCCCCAUAAAUGUCCGGGAACUUGCAGGUGCCUUGGUGGAAGAGUGGUGUAACAUCUCACAGCAAGAACUGGCAAAUCUGGUGCAGUCCAUGAGGAGGAGAUGCACUUCAGUACUUAAUGCAGCUGGUGGCCACAACAGAUACUGACUGUUACUUUUGAUUUUGACCCCCCCUUUGUUCAGGGACACAUUAUUCCAUUUCUGUUAGUCACAUGUCUGUGGAACUUGUUCAGUUUAUGUCUCAGUUGUUGAAUCUUGUUAUAUUUAUACAAAUAUUUACACAUGUUAAGUUUUCUGAAAAUAAACACAGUUGACAGUGA